AUGAUAAAUGCAUCGGUUGUAUGUUCUUUUCUCACAGAGAAGUUUUCUCAAUCUACAGGAUCGAGAAAAAUUAGUCUUCAAUCUCCAUCAGCACGUGAAGAAGAGGUUACCAAUCAUUUAGCUGAAUUAUUAAAUACAAUUAUCAACUGUCAUGAGUUUACUGUAGAAAGUGAAACUUCUCUUGAUUACAUUUCCGAUGAUUUAACCGAAGAUGAAAUUGAUCAAUAUGCUGUAUCAGAAGACUCUGAAUUAGAUCCUGAUUUCAACGACACGGACAACGACGACAGUGAUGGUCUUCUUCAAAAAUUUUCUUUAGAUUGUAUGAAAAAGGUUAUUGAAUAUUAUGAUGAAAGAAAUCCGUUGACAGGAAAACGCCGUCGGUCUUGGAAGGGUGUGAAGCGUCGAUUUAAACGUGUUACACAUUCAUCAUACAUAUCUCGUUUUCGUGCUUAUAUUGAAAAGGGAGGAACGAGAACGUAA